UCGUAACUCGUAGCGAGCAGUGCCUCACAGUGCCUGCCAUUAAACAAACAAUUUUAAGCUCAUGGAAGUUUAGAAUGUGCGUUUAAUUGUACUUUUUCAAUUUGCUGUGUGCAGAAUAGAAAUUGAAGUGAGUUUUUUUAUUCGUAACGAAAAUAAAAAUAACAAUGACUGACAACUUUCCGAAUGGCGUGAAUACGGUGUUAGGGAGUAAACGAUUAUCCGAGCUCGGGAAAACGCUAACACAUGAACAUCUGGCUAUUGAUUUUUGCAAGUUUUACGUACCACCGCCGAAACACCUUAAACGUUUCCCUGUCGGUAGCUUAUCUCUCCAAGAUGUCGGAUACAUUCGGCAGUAUCCAUAUAGCAGUUUAUACAACUUGGAGCUUUAUGGUGAUGACGCGGCAAAAGCUGUCUAUAAAGACGUGGAAUUAUUUAAAGAGGCCGGUGGCGGAACUAUCGUGGAGAACAGUAGUCAUGGUUUGAAACGUGAUAUUUCUUUAAUGAAGAACAUCAGCCAGUCCUUGGGAGUUAAUGUGAUUGCGGGAACCGGUCACUACGUAGCCAGCACACAAAACGCAUCGACUCUUAGUAUGACUAAAGAAGAAAUGUACAACUUAAUAUACAAAGAAUUGGAAGAGGGUUGUGUAGAGUGUUCCGAAGUAAAGGCAGGAUUUAUCGGAGAAGUUGGUAGUAGUUGGCCGAUCGAAGACUUUGAAAAACGUGCUAUUUGCGCAACUGCCGAGAUCCAAGCUCAAUUACGUUGCUCCGUGAGUUUUCAUCCUGGAAGAAAUGCAUCUGCGCCCAUGGAAAUAAUGAGGAUCUAUCAAGAGGCGGGUGGAGAUGUGAGCAGGGCCAUUAUGUCUCACGUCGAUCGUACGUUAAUAAAAAAGGAGCAGCUCAUGGAAUUCGCUGACGAUACCAAAUGUUAUAUCCAGUUCGAUCUGUUCGGUACCGAAUGCUCUUUCUAUCAGCUGAAUCCAUUAAUCGAUUUUCUGUCAGAUGCACAGCGUGUCAAACGUAUUGCGCUGCUGAAGAAAGAGAAAAAACUAGAUCGAGUUCUCAUGAGUCACGAUAUACACACCAAGCAUCGCCUGAUACAUUUUGGUGGACACGGAUACUCUCAUAUCGCUAAUAAUGUUGUGCCAACCAUGAUAAGCAAGGGCUUCACAACGGAAGAAAUCGAACUGAUAACGGUUGAAAAUCCCAAAAAGUGGCUUACUCGGCAAUAAACCAAAUCUUGCGAAAUUUAAC